CCUCCAUCUGCUCCCCGCCGCUGAGCGAGUUGAACAGAGUCCUUGAUAACAAGGGCGCCUUUCUUUAGGACGGGCGAACGUCCUUGUCGUCGGCCUGUCAAAGUACCUAACAACAUUCAAUUGACUGCGCAUGCGCGAUCACGGAACCAAGUCUAAGGAAUGCGCAGCUGCUUCCGCCUACCUUGUCAAGCUCUUGUCUUCAGCGACGACCACGACCACGACGGGCAGGCCCAUCCUUCCUGACCCAAACGCUCUCUUCGAGCAGGCCUCGCUUUUCUCAUUCGGAUUCACACUAUGCGGGCGAACUUGUUCAUCUGGCUUUCACUUUCUUUCUACGCGCUCGCCUUUCCUUUAUACGAUGCGCAGGGCUUCGGACGGCGAUCUUUGACCCCGGGGGAAGGAAGGACGAAGGGCGGGAUACAUCUUCCCCUCGUCAACUCGGGGGAACCCAAGCUGCGUAGACGCGGCGGGGGAACAGGCGCCAUAGGGCUGGGCGAUUACUACGAUGUCACCUACAACGUCCUGCUGAACAUCGGAGGCCAGGACAUGCCCCUCGUGCUUGACACCGGCUCGGCCGAUCUUUGGGUCAUCUCCGACCGCUGCACGGACUGCAGGACGACGGGCGCGCAGUAUCCCCAGGACACCUUCACCAGCCCCGAGGGACUGUCCAUCUCCCUGCAGUACGGCGACUCGACGAGCGGCACCCGGGCCGAUGGCCUGAUUGGCACGGACAAGGUCAGCGUCGCGGGCCUGCAGCUCGACGACCAGUACUUCGCGGCUAUUAACAGCACGAACACCUCCGUGAUCGUCACCGACUCGUCAGGCAUCUUCGGGCUCGGGUUCCCCAUCAACAGCGCGAUCUGGCGCACGGUCUUCGUGAACGCGGCGAACAGCGGGACGCAGAAGCGGCAGUCGUCAGCCCUCACGGACUCGGUCAUCACUUCGUACGAUGAGCAGGGACCCUUCGUCGCACGCCUUGUCGCAAAUGACAUGCUUCAAGACUCGAUGUUCGCCGUCACGCUACAACGCGACACGGUUGAUCCUGGAGGAUCAGUCGGCAUGCUUUCUCUCGGCGAACUUCCGUCCGGGGUGAGCAACGACAGCUUAACAUGGUUGCCUCUCCGCACGUACGCGCCCGAGCAAGGCGGCCUCAGCCCACCCAGCAACUCCCCCGACGAAGCUUACCCCUUCACCUGGGAAGUCUUUCUUGACGCAGUCUACCUCGACGGCGAGAUGCUACCCAACUCAUCCCUUCCGAAGGGCGGCAUCGAGCCCUCCGCCCUCCUCGACACCGGCAACUCCCUCCUCCGCGGUCCCUCGGACGUCCUUCAGGCGAUCUCAGACAAGCUGGGUGGGGGCACCUUCCCCUGCUCCGAGCCACAUACGCUGGAGUUCGAGUUCGGGGGAAAGCGCUUCCCGGUCGACCCGCGCGACUUUGCGGUGCAGGCGUAUGAGGGUGAUAUCGAUAACUGUACCGCGACGCUCGCGGCAACCGAUACGCCCGAGCUGGGGGACGGGUAUCUGUAUAGCUGGAGUCUGGGGAUCCCGUUUUUGAAGAGUGUCCUUUCGGCAUACCACUUCGGUGACCUGGCCUACCCGUCGCGCGAUGCGCCGCGCGUGGGCUUGCUCUCGACUGUGCCCGACGACGCGAGCGACCUGUACAAGGCUGCGUACGCGGCUGCGUCCUCGAGCGGGAGCUUCUACUCUACGACCGAAACUGCUCCGACGGGUACGAUGUCUGCCUAUGCCACCAACGAAAACGGUGUCGCGCUCGCGAGCUCGACAGCAUCUGCGACUGGCAGCACCGGCGAUGGCGGCGACGACAACGCGGCGUUGGGAGUGUCGGUCAAUCUGGCGGCUGUUGCGGCGGCGGCGCUCGUGGCGGGAGGGGUGCUGGUAUGGUGAGGGCGAGACUCGUAACGUGUCUCUGAUCAGGAGCGCACGAGGAUCUUACUCUGGCCUAUGAAGUGGAUGCAGAGCGAUGUGGGCUUGACCUGUCGCUUGCGCGCCUCGGCCGCGCAGCCCGCCGCGGCUCGUUGUCGCAUGGACAUUGGAUCUAAGAUUGUCAUUGUUAUUGAUUGGAGGACUCCGCGUCAAGUUGCUUACUCACAUAGUACUAUUUCGUCGAUGUACUCCUACAGAUGUCCGUCUUGCGUAGCACUCUUAUAGCCGUGCGUAGACCUGCAGUCUUCCGUUGACCCAACUACAAGUUACAACCUAACUUACUAGUAUUUCGCUCGCAUAACAUAUGUAUCUGCUCACAGGUGUGUGUAUCAUGGCCGUGUAUGUCGACAGGUGUCUGCGCUGCGCCAAUGACAUCGUUAUUGUAUGUGA